UUCACAAACUCAAAAAAACAAGGUCCCUAAAGAUUAUCACAUUCAUGUCUUUAAUCUUCUUUGAAUAACCAAAAGCACAACACCAUGGCUCGAUUGGCAAACUUAUAUGGUGUCACUGAGAGCUUACCAGCAGCCAUCCCUAAAACUCCUAACAUCCAAAGAACACCUUCCAAAUCAUGCAGAAUUAUUAAAUGUCAAGCCAAAAUGUUUGAGAAUUUUGAUCAAUUUGAGCAACAAUGUUCAUCUUUGGCACUCAAAAAUACAACAAGAAGGUCAGUUUUAGGCAUUGCAUCUAUUGCUCUACUUGCUCAACUUGAUACCAAUAAUAAUGCUUCAUUAGCUGUGGAAGAAAAUCAGUUGUGGCUCACUGGCCCUCUUCCUGGAUUACCUCCAGCUGAGAAUAAGAUUUUUAAUGAAGAAACAGGAACAAGGACAUUUCUGAAGAAGGGAAUUUACAUGGCUAACAUUGGAACAAAAGGAAGUGCACAUAGACUUAGAAAAUAUGCCUUUGAUCUUAUGGCACUGGGAGACUUAAUAACCCAAGAUACCUUUAACUAUGUAAGAAGGUAUCUCCGUCUUAAGGGCACCUUCAUGUACUAUGAUUUUGACAAGGUUAUCUCUGCUUCAUCUGUACCUGAUAAACAACCUCUCACUGACCUUGCUAAUAGGCUCUUCGACAAUUUCGAAAAGCUUCAAGAUGCUGUGAAACUGAAGGAUCUUCCUCAAACACAAUCUUGCUACAACAAAACCACAGUUAUCCUGCAAGAGGUGAUGGAUAGAAUGGCAUAGCUUUUUGCAGAUAUUUCUACCUCUUUUUUUUCUAUCCUGUGAUUGUACAAGUAAAUUUGAAGAUAUGAACAGUACAAAGAUACUGAGCAGAAUCAGAUAAAUCAUUGAUAUAUUAAUACAUAGCUCAAGUGAAUAGAUUCAGAAGAA